AUGGCGAAGGCACAGGCAGUAGGAAUCGAUUUAGGGACCACAUACUCUUGUGUGGGUGUUUUUCAACAUGGAAAAGUUGAAAUUAUCGCCAAUGAUCAGGGUAACAGAACCACCCCUAGUUAUGUUGCUUUCACAGACACCGAACGAUUGAUUGGUGAUGCUGCAAAAAAUCAAGUUGCUAUGAACCCAGAAAACACAGUAUUUGAUGCUAAGAGACUAAUUGGUAGAAAGUUUGACGAUCAACACGUACAAAAUGACAUCAAACAUUGGCCAUUUACUGUUGUAAAUGAUAACACCAAACCAAAAAUUCAAGUACAAUACAAAAAUGAAUUGAAAACAUUUGCAGCAGAAGAAGUCUCAUCAAUGGUGUUGACUAAAAUGAAGGAAACCGCUGAAGCUUAUCUGGGAAAGAAAGUAUCGGAUGCUGUUGUCACAGUUCCUGCCUAUUUCAACGAUUCUCAAAGACAAGCCACUAAAGAUGCUGGUACCAUUGCUGGUUUAAAUGUUUUGCGUAUUAUCAACGAGCCUACAGCAGCUGCUAUUGCCUAUGGUUUAGAUAAAAAGGUUGGAGGUGAAAGGAAUGUCCUUAUCUUUGAUUUGGGAGGUGGAACUUUUGAUGUAUCUAUUUUGACCAUUGAAGAUGGUAUCUUUGAAGUGAAAUCUACGGCUGGUGAUACUCAUUUGGGUGGUGAAGAUUUUGAUAACAGAAUGGUCACCCAUCAUGUUACUGAAUUCAAGAGGAAACACAAGAAAGAUAUCAGUGACAAUAAAAGAGCUAUUAGAAGAUUAAGAACAGCUUGUGAAAGAGCAAAGAGAACCCUAUCCUCCAGUGCACAAGCUAAUGUAGAAAUUGAUUCUCUCUAUGAGGGUAUUGACUUUUACACCACUAUUACCAGAGCUAGGUUUGAAGAUUUAUGUUCAGAUCUGUUUAGAGGUACCCUAGAUCCAGUUGGUAAAGCCAUCUUAGAUUCUAAACUUCAAAAGAACCAAAUCGACGACAUUGUUUUAGUCGGUGGAUCCACCCGAAUUCCCAAAAUCCAGAAGUUGUUGAAAGAUUACUUUAAUGAUAAAGAAUUAUGUAAAAGCAUCAACCCUGAUGAGGCUGUAGCUUAUGGAGCAGCUGUACAAGCUGCCAUCUUAACUGGUGAUAAAUCUGAAGCUGUCCAAGAUCUCUUAUUGUUGGAUGUAGCUCCUCUUUCUCUUGGUAUUGAAACAGCUGGUGGUGUGAUGACUCCACUUAUUAAACGUAAUGUGACCAUCCCUACCAAACAAACCCAAGUGUUUACUACAUACUCUGACAACCAACCUGGUGUCCUGAUUCAAGUAUAUGAAGGAGAAAGAGCCAUGACGAAAGACAACAAUUUACUGGGUAAAUUUGAACUCAGUGGUAUUCCUCCAGCCCCACGUGGUGUUCCUCAGAUUGAAGUAACUUUUGACAUUGAUGCUAAUGGUAUUCUCAAUGUAUCUGCUGCUGAUAAGAGUACUGGCAAAGAGAACAAAAUCACCAUCACCAAUGACAAAGGUCGACUUAGUAAAGAUGAAAUUGAAAAGAUGGUUGCUGAAGCUGAGAAGUACAAGAAUGAAGAUGAGAACCAGAGAACCAGGAUUGCUGCCAAGAACAGUUUGGAAGGUUAUGCUUUCAAUAUGAAGACCACUGUGGAGGAUGAGAAGAUGAAAGAUAAGAUUAGUGAAGAGGACAAGAAAGUUAUCAUUGAUAAAUGUAAUGAUGUCAUUGCUUGGAUGGACUCAAAUCAACUCGCUGAUAAAGAUGAAUAUGAGCACAAACAGAAGGAAAUUGAAGGUGUAUGCAAUCCAAUUAUUACCAAACUAUACCAAGCAUCUGGAGGGGCUCCCGGUGGUAUGCCUGGAGGUAUGCCAGACUUCGGUGCUGCUGGAGCUGGUGCAGGAGCUGCUCCCGGUGGUGAUGGAUCUGGUGGGCCAACCAUUGAAGAAGUAGAUUAA